UUUACGUGGUAGACAAACUCACCUUCCUCUCCUGUGCCAUAUUUUCCGUUUCCUUCAGUCAGGAUUUAGGAACCACAUCGUUUCCUGAAAUUUGCCGCGUGAUGGCGCUCUACCGCACAUGCGCAGACAUCAACUUCCGCAUCGCGUGUCCUGAGAAAUGCAGGGACAAAGUCACCUCUCCCUGGCCGUCGUUCGUGUACGUGCCGGCCCUGGGGAAGGCGUACGGGGCGACCAAGACCAACAAGCAAGUGUGGCAAUACGCCCUGGAGUUUUGUUUCGCGUACAACGGGACUCUGGCUGUUGCCAAGGACGCGCUUGGUAGCCAAGUGAUAAAAUAUGUCACUGAGACUUUCAACAAAGUGCCAUUGGAUGACAUUCACAUCGGUGGCGCUAGUUUCGGGCCUCAAAGCGGAAGUUGGUAUUUCGGGGACGGGACCCAGGUGACGGAGGGCUACUGGGAGGAUGGAUUCCCUUUCAACAACGCCGCCACGAGCACGUGCGUGCACGUGAGGAAGGGCGCAUACAAACACAGGAACGAUAACUGCAAUAACAACUUUGGCUUCAUCUGCGAAGUUGAUCCAGUGGUGAACGAAUCCUGACGACCGUAAGAACUUUGGGGAAAAACGGAUUGAAUUUGAAAAGCCACAAUUGACAAAUGGACACGAGCACAUGAACUUGCAUACCGAUAUGAAAUGAAGUGACUGAGAAUUUCAGCAUCAUCACAUCAGCGAUAUAAGUAAUACUGUUUGCAAGUAAAAUCAGCAAAACACAAUGGUCAACCAGUGAGUCAUAGCACGAUUUCAACGAAGAGACGGCCAAACAGCAUCUUAGAACCGCCAAUUUAGACUUGCGAGUGUAUUUAAUUCUACGAGUUAGUGACUCGCUUAUUGUGUGUAAAAUGCACUUUUUUAUUACGAAAUAAAGUGUGGCAAAUCAUAAGGAGUGUCAAAACAUAAAAUACCAAAAGCUGAAAUCCUUCAGCAAAUGUUGAUAUUUGCUCAAAUAUCGUCUUUGAAGACCAGAAUUGUCAUUAGCAUUUAUAGCACGAUUGAAAAUUAAUUACGACUGUGAUGUUACGUGAUUGGUUGAUUGACAUUAUCAAUGAAUCGUUAACAGGUCAACAUAUCCACUUCUUUUGUUGAAGUCCCGGUGGCCGUGUGGACAAGCCGGCUUUUUUUCUAUUUUUUUCUUGACUUUACCGGCGUGAGUUCGAACCCCACAAAAACCAAUUUGAAAAUACUUUUUUUAUACUAUGACUCUAUUUUUACUUUAAUUUCGAUAUCAUAGAGUAAAAUAAUGAUAAAAUGUGUGUUUUCAGAUGCAUUACCGGGAAAACUAAUUUUUGGUCCAAAAACAUGAGCGAGUUACUUUAAUUGGUCUGUGGAAGUCAAAACAAUACGCCAAAUGGCUGAUAGUUGCAGUCGAUUUAUUUGAUGUUAGAACACUAACAAAAAAACUACAGCUAUUUAACUUGAAUUGAAAUCCACUGGAUGAAAAAGGGUGGUCCAGAUCAUACAGUGUAUCAACAAUAUAAUUGCUUAGUUCAUUUGCAUGUAGUAGUAAAUCGUAUAACACUAGCUCAAAGUGGAUAUAAUGUUAGUAGUCUUGAUCGUGAUUUAAAUGUGUUAAUAAAAAUUGUAUGUGCCAUUGUACUAAUUUGUGCCUUCCAUGAAACGAUUUACGUGUA